UGAUCAUUUGUGCAGGCCGGUUGAUAACACAGCCAUCAACCAAAAGUGUGUUGUGAGGCCCAAGGCCGCUGAGAAUUGCUACAUUUUCCCACGCCAUCAACUAUAUUCAAAGGAAUUGUCCUUCGGACAUACUGUACAUAUAGGAACUGCCGUUCGUUCCCACUGUUAGGGAGCAUAGCAUAGUUUUGACCAGCAGAUCUCAAGCAACGGCAUUCCGACAAGCACUAAAGCGACUCCUCGGCUUUCGUAGCAAGACUGCAAGGAGGUGACCCGCUACUGGAGGCUUCUAUAUCGCUAGAUACACUCGUCGCUAGAUAAGAACCGGCAUUUUCCCACCCUUCCGGACCAACGAUCAGCUACUCACAGUUAUGCGAACGGCCUUCGCUACGUCUGGCUCGAUGUCUCGAGCUCUAGCGCUCUCAAUCGUUGCCCUUAUGGGUGCCGCCGAUGCUCAACUCCCGGAUCUGGGUACCAACGGUGCCGUUGGAGAGGGCACGCCAUUCGCACUGCCGACCGUAAACAAUGCGCUUUGGUACGGGAUAUUCGCCGUCGCAGGGGUUACGAUUCUGAUUCUUUUGUGCUUGUGCAUCUGUAACUGUCGAACCAAGAAAGCACCUGAUGUCAAUAGAUCAGCGACGCUGAAUCGCAGAGGUACUACUGCUAGCACCCUCAACCGCCAUGUCUCACUGCCUGCUGGCACCCUCAGCCGACCGAAAUCUCGCUUCGAGUCACUCCCUGAACAGCGGGCACAGCACGAUGUAGAAGCUAUCGCUUCUGCCAAUGAAUUCGUUCAAGCAAACAAUGGGAAGAGAGAGUUCCGCGUCAUCAAGGUUCACGUGAAACAAGCCUCAGACGAAAUGAACCUCGUAGUGAACGACUCGGUCGUUCUCUCUGCCGUUUAUGCGGACCUGUGGGCUUCCGGCGUGUCGAAGCGGUCCGGCGGUCCGUAUUUCUUUCCCCUGGUCUGCUUAGGUGGCAGCGUACCUCGAGUCCUCAUAAAUCGAAUGGAGAAGGGAAAGGGACCGAUGGUUGACACUCGAUUCUCACCACGCCCCAUCCGUGAUCCGAGACAGCUACCGGCUCCCAUACCCCAAGCAUCAAGCUCAGCAAACCCACCUUACAAUUACGGGGCACCGACCGGAAGCUACCCUCGACCACCGUAUAAUUCCAUGCAACAGCCGUCCAGCUCCGGGCAACAACCAUACAGCCCCGGGCAACAGUACCCUCCUUACCCAGGGAUGCCCGUGUACGCUGCCAGGCCCGGUCCCUCAUACGCUUCCGGCUCCGGUCCCUCGUACUCCAACACGUCAUACUCCAACACGUCGUAUGGCUCACCACCGUCAAUGGUAGCCCCACCGCCGCCCAGUGGCGUCCCAUACGGAUAUGCCAGUUACGACUCCUUCGCAAGCCCCGCGGGACCUUCCGGACCAGGCGCCCCAGCGGUUGCGCAGGCGAAUCUCGCACGAGUUCCCACAAGGCCAACUCAAAGCAUUUACUCCGAUGUUGCACCGAAGCAGUAGAUCCCCGUUAAGAACAUAUCAUUUGCGUUCUCUCCGACAGCACGUUGGUAGCAAUUUUAUCUUUUGGAGGUCAUGUGGGUGGCAGGCACACCUCAUCCCCUUUUCUGUAAAUCCGGACGAUGAACGGCGUAGCUGAUCAUUUGGCAUGACAUCGUUUUUGAAUUGGCGAGACACUUCUCUCUGUAUCUGUAUCUAGAUUGUAUUUAGAAUUUGAAA